AUGGCAUCCAUCUCACAGCCUUUUAGGCUCUCUGCUCUACCUAAGAUUCCAUCAUUGAAUAAUUAUGCGAAUCAAACAGACUACUUACAAGUUGUUGAUAAUCUUUCACCAUCAGCCAAUAAAGUGAAUAUUGGUAUAUCAGGUUCCAGUAUAUCACAAUACUUGAUUAAUCCAACCCCGAAGCUGGUUUUUAACUUGCCAAUCCCCUCUACGAACAUUGUUACUGCAUGUGACGUGGUAGAAGAUGCAGCCAAUACAGAAGUCUGGUGUUACGGAUUGGAAGCUAGAAAGGUAUCACAUUUACACUUGGCUACUAAGCCGAUGAUUCAAGAUGCCGUGUCAUCUUCAAAUGCUGAAAUCACAUCUCAGUUCAAAUAUAAACUAAAAUCUGAAGUCGUUAGCAUUAAGAUCUAUUCUAAAGCAGAGAAAGUUCUCGUUAUCUUAAGGAAUGGACUGAUUCAAACAUUUGAUUAUGAAUUGAAACUUUCAAAUACUAUUGAUAUAUCUUAUGAUGAUAUCAGAUUUGUUCAAUUCUUCCAAGAUGGGCAGGGAAACGAUUUCUUUUUCGUGUUAUGCCAACUAAGUGAUGAGAAAAUCUGUUACAAACUUUUCCAAGUUAGGAGUGAGUCCGUCUCAUGUAUUGAACUAAAUUCUAUCAUACUAGAAAAUUACACUUUAGAGAAUGCAAAGUUGUGUUUUGAGUUCGGGAAAUUAUAUGUUUUAAAGAACUCAAAUGAAUUAUCAAUCUAUCAGUUACCACAUUUGCAACUACAAACUAGCAUUCAGCUACCUUUCAUUUCCAAGGAUGCAGUUGUAUCCAUCAAACCAGUUUCUUCAAACCGUGUAUUGUUGACUGCUGAUAAUACCAUAUAUCUUGUGGAUUUGUUAUACAAUGCUAUACUAUUCCAAAAGGAUUUACAGAACAUCAAAGCUAUUCAACUACUCUCUACUGCAGUUGUUCAAGAAAACUCUGAAGACAAUAGAAAAACUAUAGCAUUAGAUGUUACAACUAAAAACGGUGCUAACCCUACGAGUUACUUGGAUGUUAUUAACAUUGAUGUUGGUACCGGUACCUUAAAAGAUGCGAUGGGUAAAGGGUUCAUGGUUAAACAAAAGCAGAAACUACAGAAACUCUUUGAAGAAAGCAAUGAGGACGACGAUGUGGAAUUGCCAUCUCCAGACUAUGAACGCAUUAUAAAACAACUCCAUAUCUGUAAAAAAAUAGAGAACUUUGAUUCUAUAUUUUUUAAGAUGCUUUCCUUAGACAAGGAAUAUUAUACAGACAAUGACAGAUUUUUAAAUGAUUCUGAUUUACUCACUCAAAUAAUCGAUUGCUUGUUUCUAAAUUUCAAGGAUGAAUAUCCAAAAGCAUUGACAUACCUUCUAACACACCCUUUAUUCCCACCGGUUCACGCUAAGGGCUUAUUAACCAAGUUGAAAAAUAACCCAAGACUUUUCAAACAAGCUAUUGUUACUUGUCCGAAUGUUCCACUUGACGAUUUGUUAACCGAGCUUUUCAAUAUAACGAAUGCAGAGCUCUGUUUUGAUAUUACGCUAAGAGUGCUACAAGAUUACAAGAAAGAAUCAAUCAAAGCAGGUAUAAGAAAAAUUGAGAAGAUGGAUAUCACAAACUUUUUGGAUAUGAUUUUGAACUCGAAUAAGGCAGAUUCGGACUUGAAACUUAAUAAGCCACAAAUCUUCCAACUUAUGAGUUUAAUAAUAGAUUCCAUCGGUUUGUUUGCGUUAGACGAUGAAUAUUUAGAGAAACUUUCCUCUUUUGUCGAUGCGCAGGUUUCUGUAGUGUCACAAAACAUAGAACUUUUGCAUUUGGCAGAGCAUUACACCAAGCAUUCAUCGGUUGUUAACAAUAAAUCUAAUUCAUCAACAAAUUCGUCUUCUACACAACCUAUUUCAGCUUACACAGUGGACUAUUUAGAAUGCUAA